UGGCCACCGUUUACUUAGGCCCCGAUCCAAUAUGUCAGCCCCCAUUGCACAAUCAUGUAACGAUAAGUUGAUGAAGUUGAUGAAGAUCCCUAAGUUGGAAAAGAGAAUCGCAACCAAAUGAUAUAUUUUAAUCAUGAAAAUGUCUACAGAUCAGUUGCUCCCGCUAAGGAAAAAUACAGAUGUUAUAACACAGAAAUGCAGACUAGAUCUUCAAACCCUCAAACAGUUGAGAAUAAAGCCAUCUUCUUUCUCAAUCCUCUCCAUUGACAACAAUGAAUUCAUUUGUCAAGUUUGGCCGUCUGUGCUCUUAUCUGGAAAUGGAAUAGAAGUAGGGACUAUGGUAUCUAGAAGGGCAUCGUUACAAAAAGAAAAAUCCUGCACAAUUAAACCAAUAAGUGUUUCUCCAGCAAAAACUCUCGAAGUAGGCCUAGUGUUAACUAAAACAGAGGAUGUUAGAACAUAUAGAAAGAUUGUGACAGAAUGCAGCCAGAAAAUGGAAGAAAUCUGCCAGAGCUUGUUGUAUAAGACCUGUGUAUCUCCUGGGUUUGUUGUAGACAAAGAUAAAUGCACUCUUGCCAAGUUGCAUGGUGUCUCCUAUAUUCUGAUAGAUGAUGCCCCCGAUGGUGAUUAUUGUGUAGUGGACAACAAAACACACAUAACUGUAAACAAAAUACAGAGUAAAGAUCAUUAUUUGCAAAAACAAAUAAACAUUCAAACUAUUCCUCUAGGAGGGUUGGAUAAAGUAAUAGAGGAAUUGAAAGAAUUUCUCUCGGUGUCCUUCACUGAUAAGUCUAGUCCAAACAGCAUUCUGAGGCUCCCCAAAGGAAUUUUACUAAGAGGUCCCCCAGGGACAGGAAAGACUUCUCUCGUUAAACAUGUCUGUGCGCAGUGCAAUGCCUUCCUGAUAUCUGUGAAUGGACCUGAAGUUUUUGGAUCCAGACCUGGAGAGACUGAAGAAAACAUAGGAAAUGUUUUUAACAAAGCUUUCCUGAUGAGCGAAGAAGGCCACUGUGUUGUUUUCUUGGACGAGAUUGACUCGGUGUGUCCGAAGAGGUGGAAUUCUGAUGAUGCCAAUGAUUCCCGCUGUACCAGUGUAUUCCUGUCCUAUCUAGACCAAGUGCAUCUGUACCAGAACCUGUGUGUGAUUGGGGCCACCAACAGACCCUCCGCUCUAGACCCCAGUCUGAGGCGGCCUGGGAGACUUGACAGAGAGAUCAUGAUUAAUGUUCCAACGCUUAGUCAAAGGAAACAAAUAUUGACUCAUCAGUGCUCUAGAUUACGAGUUGAUUCUGGCUUGGAUUUGGACGUCAUAGCUCAGAUGACCAAUGGCUAUGUUGGAGCUGACCUCAUGUCACUCUGUCAUGAAGCAGCCUUCACAGCGCUGGGUUCUCUCCAGCCUGAUUUAAAAGAAAACAAGGAUACAGAGCCUCCAUUGAUAACAACAGACCAUUUCAAAACAGCCCUCAAAAAGGUGUUACCUUCUACCCAGAAAGGCUCUCCCUGCACCAUAGAGUUUGACCCCGUCCACUGGGACGACAUUGGUGGUUUGGAAGAAGCUAAACUGAAAAUUCAGCAGGCAGUAGAGUGGCCCAUUAAGCAUCCAGAGGCUUUCUCUCGCAUGGGCCUACCAAGUCCCAGGGGAGUGCUGUUGUACGGACCCCCUGGUUGCUGUAAGACUACACUGGUUAAGGCGGUAGCCACCUCCUCCAGUGCCACCUUCCUGUCUCUGAGUGGUGCCCAGCUGUUCUCACCUUAUGUCGGAGAUUCAGAAAAACUCAUCACUGAGGUCUUCCAAAGAGCUCGUGCAGGUGCCCCAGCCCUCAUUUUCUUGGACGAAAUAGAUUCCAUCAUUGGCAAGCGGUCUGAUGGGACGUCACAGCGUGGGGUACAAGAGAGGGUUCUGUCUACCCUGCUUAAUGAGAUGGAUGGUAUAGGGAUUCGAUUGGAUGAGAAGACAGACUCAAUGGGGACAGGGGAGGAUGGAUCGGUGAGAGAUCUGGCCAAUAAAAGUGUGCUGAUAGUGGCCGCCACAAAUCGACCCGACAUGUUGGAUGAGGCACUAACCAGACCUGGAAGAUUUGACAGAUCUGUCUAUGUACCACCACCUGAUCUACAGGCACGACUUGAAAUUCUCAAAAUCUGCACAAAGACAAUGCCAGUGAAGGAUGUUGAUUUGUCUGCUCUGUCAGCAAGGACUGAAAACUACACUGGAGCUGAUCUGAAGAAUCUCUGCAGAGAGGCUGCCUUGCUCUCUCUGACGGAGGACCUAUCCUCAGACUUGGUCACAGAGGAGCACCUGAUCAAGGCCCUGUCUAUAGUGAGGCCCUCACUGAACCCCUUUCUACUGAACAAAUACCAACAGGGUUCAUCACAGGGGAAGAAACUAUUUGUUCUGUGAAUGGUUUUGAACAUACACUCAUGUAGCUUUCACAAGAAAAAAAAUCACUGAAUCUAGCUGCUUCCUGGGUGGAGGGGGGGAUCUGAGGAAGAUGGUUCCUUACAGUGGAAGAAACCCUUUAAAAAUGGCUCAUCAGAGGGGAAGAAAUUCUUUGAAUGUACCGGUACUCCCCACAUGGGUAGAAACUCUUUAAAAGUGGCUCCCCUCAGGGGAAGAAACUCUUUGAACAUGACUUUCCACAGGGGAAGAAAUUCAUUCAACAUGUCUCCCAACUAGAGGAGGAACUCUUUGAACUUGGCUCCUCACAGGGGAAGAAACUCUGUUCUGUGAAUGUUUCUUGCAUUGACAUUAUGUUUGAAUUAAAUUUGUGGAAUAUGUU